AUGGAACAUCAGGAUGAGUAUCAGAAGCUCGUUUCCAUGAUGAGUAGCCCAAGGGUGGAGAUAGACAAUACGGUGUCGUCGACGGCGACAGUGGUGAGUGUGAACAAUGCCCGGAAUAGCGUCAAGCUGCUGGAUACCGUGCGAGUCCUUACCGACCUCAACCUGAGCAUCCAGAAGGGGUAUAUCAGCUUCGAUGGCUGCUGGUUCCUGGACGUCUUCCACGUCACCGACGAGCGCGGGCACAAGAUCCUCGACCCCGUCCUUCUCUCCCACAUCGAACACUCCAUAGUCGUCGGUGAAAUAUCAUCGACCGAGGAAGGAGCAACGGGCCUCAUGGCAUUGGAACUCACCGGCGUCGACCGCCCGGGCCUACUCUCGGAGGUCUGCGGCGUGCUCCGGGACCUCAAGUGCAACGUGGUGGAGGCCAAGAUGUGGACCCACAACGCCAGGAUUGCUUGCCUCGUCUUCGUCAACGACCACCAUUCUGGAUUAAUCCCCACAGCAUUAGCGGAUCGCCACCCCUGCAUCCUGACCCGACUCCGCAAAGUGCUAUCAGGCAGCGCCGCCAAGGCAACCGUCGUCUCUUCAUCCCCCACCCUGGCCCAUUCCGACCGCCGCCUCCACCAGCUCAUGUUCCGAGACCGCUGCGACGAAGAAGCAUCGUCGUCGUCCUCUUCCUCGCAGUCGAAGCUGUCGGUGUCUGUCCAAAGGUUGGCAGAACACGGGUACUCAGUGGUCAAUGUGCAGUGCCCCGACCGCCCCAAGCUCCUGUUCGACGUCGUGUGCACGCUCACCGAUAUGGAUUACGUCGUCUUCCACGGCAAAUUCGGAGUCGACGCAGAUCGAGCCUUUCAGGAAUUCUACAUAAGGCGCAUGGAUGGCAGCAUGCUCAGCUCCGAAACAGAACGGCAGCGAGUGAUCCACUGUGUGCAAGCUGCCAUCGAGCGCAGAGCAUCUGAGGGAGUGGUGAGGCUAGCAUUGAGAAUGCCGGACAGGCGGGGAUUGCUCGCGGAAGUAACCCGCGUCUUCCGCGAGAAUGGGCUCAUGAUACGGAGUGUAGAGAUCGCGACGAAGAACGGGGAGGCCAAUGACGAGUUCUGCGUCACUGACAUCAGCGGCCGCCUCCCGGACAGUGGCACCGUCAAUGCAGUCAUCGACCUGAUCGGCGAGGGGCAUCUGAUCAAAUUGACCGAGCAGAGCCGCAGCUAGCGUUCAUUCUGGGGAACCUU